AUGCCCGUCCCCGACAUCUCCUCUCAAGUCUUGACUGCACCAGCAUCGUCCUCGUCUGCUUCUCCGUCCCCAUGCGAAUCCUCCUUUCAGAUAGAUCAAGUUGCGCAUACUCCUACGAGACAGGUUGUUACUUGCACAGAAACUCCCGACUUCGCGCCAUCUUCGUCUGUCAAAACUGACGUGUCAAACCCCGAUUCUGAGCGACAUCCCAAGGGCAAGAGGAAGAGAACUGCUGCCAAGGACAAGUCGAUUCUCGAAGCUGCCUAUGUCGCCAACCCGAAACCAGACAAGGCGGCGCGCCUGGAUAUCGUGAAGCGCGUUUCCCUCAACGAAAAGGAGGUUCAGAUAUGGUUCCAAAAUCGUCGACAGAAUGACAGGCGCAAAUCGCGGCCCCUCUCUGCUCAGGAAAUUGCUGCUCUCCGGUACGGUGGCAUGCAGAUACUCUCUUCGGAUCCUGUGGGCUACACCUCUUCCCUGCCGGAAGAAAAGGCAUCUCCAGUUGUUGACCCGAUUCCCGUCAACGCUGUCAUGCCCACGGAGACUCCAGUCAAGACUUCACCCUUACGAGGAGAUGAGACCGAUGAACGACCUCAACACGCAACACCGUUCAUUCUAAGCCGCAGUGCUGAUGCUACGGCCUUGGAGACCCCGUCAUCUCAAGUCACGGCUUCCUCGUCUCAGCCUCACUCAGCAGGCUCAUUUUCUUUUUCAAACUCCGUAGGGUUCUUUAAAUCCUCUCAUUGGAAACCAUCGAGUGCCUUUACAACCCCUUCAACGCUCAACCGCGGCGUUGAUGAGACCCCCAAAUCCGAUCAAUAUAUCCCGUCUUGCUCACCACUUGCACCUGGAACACACACCUUGCCCUCCCCUCAAUCAUCACAACAAUCACACAUGCGAUUAUCGCUUUCGCUCGAAGGCAAAGCUGAGCUUGUCUCCAAUGAGAAUUCGCCCCCUCGCUUCCAGCCUACAAAGCUAUUUUCGGAUCUGGCAGCCUUACCUCAGCCCAGAAUAGCUCGACCGCUCCAGCGAAGUCACAGUGCUCUGCCUAGCGUAACGCUGCCGCCCAUAACGGCUCUCACUGAUUCAUUGCCACCAGCACUGGGACGAGGCCGAUCUCGUGACGCUCACGCAUGGGAACUGUGCUGCGACGCUGAUUCUCGUGACGAACUCACGACGCAAGCCGAGGACGAGUCUAAUGGCUCUGCUGUCGCUGCUAUCAGCCUUCUCCGGUCAACCAGCGGCGUUCUUCAAAACAACAGCUCCAAGCGGAACUGUCCGGCAAGCAGACCGACUUAUCGACCUCAACAGGUGAAGAAGCCUAGGCUUUGUCGGACAUCUUCUAGCAUGGCUAGGAUGCAAACAUCACUCGCUGAUGACGAGGAGACCAUGUCUCAAUCGAGUGACGAACUGGGCCCAGGUAACAAAGUCAAGGCGGAUAUGCUUGUAUCUCCAUCGGGUGAUUCUGAUAAGGAGAAUUGGAGCCCCGAAAACGAAGCCAACAUGCGUCAAUUACCGCCAAUAAACAACCGAAGACCCUUGCCGGCUACCGCCGACACCAAAAACAAUGCGAGACGAACAGGGCGUACUUUACAGGACCACCCUGGGCCCGUCAUAUUCAGCAGUAGCCGCGCCAGAACGAUGCCCGCUAUGGGACGCCGAGGAUCUGGAAAACACGUCACAAUAUUCGAGGACGGACAGAGUUCACACGCCUUAAAGGGUGCGGACGAGGUGGAAAAUUUUAUGCGAGGCGCCGAUGUCAGCCCAAGCAAGAAAGGUGACAUGGAUUGCAUCGCAGGUCUGCUGUCUCUUAGCCAAGGUGCCUGGAGAUAG